CAUCUAUCUAAAAACCGCAUUGAAUUUUAGUCGUGAUUUCUUUUGCUUUUCUUUUGCUAAAAUAUUAGGUCGUUAAAAUGUCUUGUUCUCGCAAGAGAACCUAAUCUUCGAUGGGUAAGAUAUAUGAAUUACAGUGAUGGAGUUCAAUGGAUGUCGCAUGAAUGAGGUGUCGGACCCUGCAGACAUUGAGUUUUAUCCAGGUCGAUCGCAAACGCCAAGUCCCGUCCCAGUUCUAACAACAAAUGUUUGCUGCGACUUGGAAGACAUAUUGAGCGACGCCAUAUCUGAGUCUCUUCAAAGCUCCCUCAGAAUAAGUCGCAGCCAGCUCAUAAAUCAAGAGCUGACGAUCCGGCCCGAAGCCAAUAUUGAAUCCAACGUCCCUGAAGGCCUUGACCUGUAUAAAGUUAUUUACGAAGUGGAAAGUGACUCUGAUACGAAGAUGGGAGAUACAGUAGAUGGGUCCAGUGCUCCCAAUGCACCAGUGAAGAAUCAGGAUUCGUGCCGGCAUGUCGGCGGGUCUAAGUUCUACGAGAUGAUAGAAGGGUCUGCGAGCGCGGACACCUCCACGCCGUCUCCCACGGAGAAGCACGACCACAUGAAGCCUAUUGAAAGUGAUGAUGAAGUAUCAGAUGUGGACCAGGAAUGCACAGUGUUCUGCGGCGUCAGUUAUCUGGGCGCUCAGAAUAUCGCGGACCCCAAGUCGGAGACGGACAUACAACGCAUCAUGAAGGAACUGAGCUCGAUGCCCGAGAACAGAGACGGUAUUGCCGUGUCCAUAUCCAUCCCAGUGUGCUCUCAAGGGCUUGUUGUAUUAUACCAAGCGGACACCAACAGUGUAAUGACGCGCUAUGCAGUCAACAGGAUAUCGUUCUAUGCGCGAGGCGCGGCUGGCUCGCCCGUCGCCUCGUGCUUCGCCUUCACGUGGUCUCACGGCGAGACCAAAGAGUCCGCAGUGUACCGCUGCCAUGUGUUCCGCUGCCACAUCGCCGAAGCCGUCAACCAGGUGUCAAGUUGUUUCGCUAAAGCAUUCGAGCGUAUUCCACGGUCGAUGGCGUCCUCUCUUGUGGGAGACUUGAGCGCAGCGCCCUCUAUGACCGGAUCGCUUACUGAGGGGAUUGGACCCGCCGCACCUCCGAUGCAACUUAUGCACGUUCUGGAAUGUACUGUGGAUAUCAAGGAGACUGAUGCUAAGGGCACAUUUAGCCACGUACCCAAGGAACGCCUCGGCUACAAAUUAAGGGGAGGUAUAGACAAACAAGUGACCAUAAAUGUGACACAGGUGUCAAAUAAUGUUCAAGCAGAUUGCGACGAUCCACAGGCAUCAUACACUGGUGGUUUAUACAUCGAGAGAUGUUUCGGUAUACUACUCGCUCCUGGGCGAAGCGUCAAACAUUCCGAUAUGCAACUGUUGGAAAUGGUGAGCGGUUCAUCAGGCGGCUCCGGUUGUUCAGUCUGCGCGUUGUGGAACGCGGGCGAAUCUGCAUUAGCAGCGUUCAAUGUAGCGAGUGGAGACGGGGCUCCAGCCUAUAUGUCGCUGGCACUCGAUCUCGUCAUCAGGGGCAUCCGGGAUCCAUUGCGGCUGGUAGUCGAAGCACCGGUCAAAGUCUACCCACCGACGGAAAGAUUUUGGUAUUACUCAAAAAGACCUCUGGUACAACAGUUCUUCAUCAAUCUGAAAGAGUCUGUAGAUUCCCUUGGGCAGUUGCAAUACGAAGUAGCGAGUGUGGAGACGUCGGGAGAGUUGAACUGGUCACGGCUCAACUUGCCUCUAUCACUGUCGAGUCUAUUGCAGUCGCCGUUAUCCGCUGCGCCCGCGCCGCCCUCGCCUUCUGAGCCUGACUCUGAUGGUGAUGAGCCUCUACUCAGUGGAACGGGCGAGGUAUCCAAAGAUUGCGGAGUCGAUGUACUUGAAAAUUGGGCACAAGUGUUGAGAAGUUGGAUUGGGCCUAGACCGCGAGCUCUCAGUCAGUUGGUCCGCGUGGGGGUACCGGAGGCUUUACGUGGCGAGGUGUGGCUGCGUCUAGCCGGCGUGGACCAAAACGAUAAGCUCAUGGAAACAUAUCGUACGCUCAUUAGCAAGGACUGUCCGUUCGAAGCGGUAAUACAACGGGACAUAGCUCGCACGUUUCCUGCACACGACUUCUUCCGCGAGGCGGGAGGGCUCGGGCAGGAUUCCUUGCUGCGUAUGGCUAGAGCCUACGCGGUGUACGAUCACGAAGUUGGCUACUGCCAGGGGUUGAGCUUCCUGGCUGCUACACUGCUUUUACACAUGCCAGAAGAGCAAGCGUUUUGUCUGCUAGUUCGCCUCAUGUAUGGCUAUGGGCUGCGGGAACUGUACAAGGACGGUUUCGAGGCACUAUACAUGCGACUACAUCAACUUGACAGGUUAAUGGAGGAGCAACUAAGCGACCUGCGUGCACAUUUCUUAGAACUAGGCGUGGAGCCGCACAUGUUCGCGUCGCAGUGGUUCCUAACAGUUUUCACUGCACGGUUUCCGUUGCCGUUGGUUUACCACAUACUAGACGUGUUUCUGCUACAAGGUAUGGACACACUAUUCCAAGUGUCCCUAGCGUUGCUCACGCGCGCUCGGAAGGAUCUCUUGCAACACGAUUUUGAGGGAAUACUCAAAUAUUUCAGGGUAACGUUACCAAAGAAAUGUCGCGCCGAGGAGGCUUCGCGUCAGAUUGUGAAGCUCGCUUGCAGUAUUAAAGUGAAGAGGCUACAGAAGUAUCAACUCGAAUACGAGAAAUUUGUCAAAGAAUCCGCAGAAAAAGAGAAAAUAAACGUGGAACUGGAAAGGUUAAAAGGAAUAAAUUCACAGUUACAACAGGAUAAAGAAAUGCUGGAAGCACAACUCGCACAGAGUCGCCAUAACUACGAGGAAGCGCGGAAGGAAUCUGUUCACUACGCAGCUGUAUCACGAGACUACAGGGAGAUCUGCGCGAGACUAGACAAGCAGUUGCAUCAAGUACAGGACUGUGUAAAAAGUUGUAUGAGCUGCAGUUUAAAAUUGGCCCAGAAAGACAAUAAAGAAGAAGUGGAACAAAAAGGCGAGGAGGAGAAAGAGAAUCCCAGCGACACGGAAGCUCGGUUAAAGCAAAGAGUUAGAGAUCUCGAGCUGGAGUUGGCGCAGGUUAAACUGGCGCAUGUACAGGCACAAUGCAGUAAUCAGGAGCUAAGUCACCAACUAAACGCCGCAGUAAACGAGAUGCAAGCAGCCAUGAACCAAAAGCAUCAAAACCAAACAGUCGCCCCCUGGCUCGUCCGGACUCUGGGUUCCAUCAUGGAGGCGGCACAAAACCGGCCAUCGUUCCAAACGUACCUCCCGAAUCUAAAUCCGGAGCAACAAUCGCCCUCGCUUCCGAGGCAAGGGUCUUUCUCGAGCACACAGGGCCAGAGUCACGUGAACCUCGACAGACGCGUGUCUGACCCGUACAGCCCGGACGUCGUGAGGAGGAAGAAAGAUCUCAACGCGAAAAGGCACUCGAUGCUCGUCGAAUCCAACCUCACUAAAGAAGUAAAAGACCUCAAUCGACGGAGCCAUGAAGUCAUUGUAAAGAACCUAUCUAUGGGUUGACACUAGCGUACUAUUUUUGAUUGGUUGCGUUGCGUUCGAUGUUUGAAUGUGUAUUGUGUUCUCAAAUCGAUAUUGUCUAUGGUCGAAAACAGAUAUUUAUGCAUGGAAUAGAAUGUAGAUAAAAACUCUAUGGAGUUUGGAUGAGAGAAGUUAGUUUUAAAGUGCACAUAACUAUCACUAGUCAGUACGGUGUGUAACCAGAGUUCUGUAUUAUUGUGGAAAAUUACCUAUAGGAGAGCUUGCCAUGUUUCCAUUCCAUAUUAUAAUACGAUAUUAUAGAUUUGAUUGUCAAGCACGUGUAAAAUUGCGGUGGAAAAUCUAAAGCAUUUAAUAAUAUUUUAAUUAUAAUAUUUAUUGAUUUUAUUAGUUGUUUUCUUUAACGAAUAUAGUAUUGUAAUCCCGUUUUUACUUGCUUUUAUAUUAUAUUAUUAAAAUUAUUAAAUUAAAAUACUCUAAUAUUUAUGUUACGGUCACAACACAAUAUCGGUACAAUCACUAAUGCCUUUCUGUAGAAUUACAGUAAUAAUAAUACCUAUAAAAGGAGUUACAACUUGAAUUCAUAAUAAUAUCAAGGGAGGAAAACCAUACAGUGACCCAAUGCCUAUAUUGUUAAUACAAAAGCCGGCAUCAAUCGUAGCACCUAGGGCUGUCACCAUAUUAUGCCGACUUUUUAAUCGAAAGGUAGAAGAAAUUAGUUCUUAUAGUUUCGGAAAAAAGUGGCUGUGACAUACGGACGGACAGACAGACAGACAUGACGAAUCCAUAAGGGUUCCGUUUUUUGCCAUUUGGCUAGGAACCCUAAAAAGCAAGUGUGGAUUCUGGCGAUACUAAAAUUUUAUUAUUUUAAUUUUUUUUAGAGAUCCUUGAUUUUGAAUCGAUUAAAAAUUGGUUUUGCUUAUAGUGUAAAACUACUUUCUCAUUUUAAGGUAUAUAGAAAAGGUGUAAAUUGCUUAUUAAAAACACUGAUUGCGUGCAAUAUUCAGUUCUGGCCAUAGAAAAAAUUUAUAAAGAAAUAUUACUUAUAAUAAUUAGUAGACGAUGAAUAUAUGAAAAAUAUUUGAAUAUUUUUUAAUCUGUACUCUAAAUUUCAAAGCCUAUUUAUUAUUAUUAGCAGCAAAGUAUAUUAAAUAUGUUUAAUUUUGAUAUACGUUUUGUGAUGUAAAUAAAAAUAUAAGUAGCAAUUUGUGCUAGCAAAACUUAGAAAACUAUAUACCUAAAUAUUUAGUAGGAAAACACCGCUUUUGUUGUAGCAAGCAAAGAAUAAUGGAUCUGAUAAAUAAAUGUCAUUAAAAAAAAAGAAAAAACUGCAUAAUAUAUAUCUCUGUUCACAGCGAAACCUAGUAAAGAAUCAAAUUCAUUAUAUAACAUUAUAAUAACACUGCAUGUUACAAAAAUAUUUCCUCUGCUUUCAGCUUAACUAUUAAGUAUAUUUAAAAAAAUAGUUUUAUUCCAAGCCACAAAAAGUUGAAUUUCUGAAGUUAUUCCCAGUUCUCUUUCCGGGCAGUUCCCAGGGGAACCAUACAACUAAAACUAAAUAUAGCAUACAAAGUUUGUAUGUUUUCUUACCAGGCUACUGUACAGUUAAGUUCUCUCCCGGGCAUUUUUCCCAGGGGUGACAACUGGUAUUUUUAUUUAAAAUAAUUCCGAAUUAACACUAGCGAUGGCGCUUCAAUGGUAACGAAUUGGCGAGAAAAUCAAUUAAUUUAUCCCCAAUCUUCAUAUUAUUCUGAAGAUUGGGGAUAAAUUAAUUGAUUUUUUCCCCGAAUUUUGCCUCUGGGAAAAUCUGGGAUUACAAAAAUCUAUCCUUCCCAGUCGUCCCCGCUGAAUCGGCAUAGUCUAGUGGUGACUGAUUUAUUUUAAAUAAAAAUCCUGGCUUUGUCCAAGACCACUGGGAAUAACUGAAUUUCUGUAGCCUAGUAAGGUAAACAUUUCUAUAUAUUUAUUUAUUGUAGACCGUAUUUCCUUGACAUUAUAAUGGAUGAUAUAUAUUUAAUUUGUAGUUACUACUUAAAAAACUGUAAUGUAUGUAGUAUAUUAUUUAGUUCAAAAUGUGACUAAAGUGAAGUGAAGCCUUUUUCAUUCCAUACUUCAAAAUUUCCCAGUAUGUGUUUAUUAUUUUUUUAACAUACGUACCUGUCUUCUAACUUAGAUUUCAAUGUAGAUUAAAAUAAGAAAAUUAUAUCAUUUUAUUGACAAUAAUAUACCUACCUAGAUAACACCUUAUCUUAUCAGUAAUAUCAUAUUUUUCUUUUAUUUGUUUAUAAUAUUUUUUAUUUUGAUAGUAAGUAAUUUCAAACAGCGGACAUGCUUUUUCGUAAGUAUUUAUGAUAAAAUAGUAUUAUUUUAAUUUAUUUACCGUUAAACUAAGAAGGGAGCCUAUUACGUAUAGUAACAAAAAUGUUAUUUUAUAAGAUUGCUUACUUGAAUACUUGCGAAAACUACGAAUUUUUGUGGAUAUGUAUGUAGUAAAGUGUAUUAAAUGAUAUUUUGUUCUUUAAAUAUAUAUUUAUUUUAACUGAUAUAUUUUUUAUGUUUAUUUUAUAAACAUUUAUUUUCUAAGCCCUUAAUUCACUUCAGACCACGCGCAAGUCGAUCGCCUACUAAAACUUAAGUCUAAGCAAAGUCGAAGUGCGCUCUAUAGAUUUCAACCUAAGUAACCCCCUAUCUUAGGCGCCCAGUCAGGCCAGUCACUCAUCCGUGCCUACUAUAUUAAAUGCUUUAUGUUAGUUGUUAUAAGGUCGGAUUUUGAUCAAAAGAGUGCAACUUCUGUACCAGUACUAUACUAUAUCUGUGCCACAGGUCGCAGGUCUGUAAUCUGACUAUCUCUUGUAUAGUAGGCACUAGGUAUAUUGUGUUCGAAUAUUGUUCAUAUUAAUAACUAUUAGCUAGACACCUCUCCCGUAUAAUAUCGCGUUAAGGCGUGGCCAUCGACAAGCGCACUUUGUACCUACUGUUAUAAUUUAUAUUAAAAAGCUGCUAGUCCCUAUCCAGCCAUUGUGAACGUUUUUUGGUUAACUCAAUUUACGCAAUAACUUGCUUUUAGUUAUAGCAUAGGAUUAAAUAAACUCUAUACAAUAACAAAAUCUAUUACAUAGUAUUUAAUAGGCACACGAAUGGCUUUAUAAAUAACGCGAGGACUUAAUAUUUGUGAUGCAAAGGUAAGGGUGAGCUGUAUUCGCUGAGAAGUGUUGUUUUAGUCUUAUCAUUUAUGGAAAUAAACGUUUUACAAAUUA